AUGGGCUGCAGUAGCUCUCGAUGUUGUCAACGUCGCGGAAAGCACAAGAUUUUGCCUAAUGGCGUGAUUGUUCCGGCUUUUAAAAAUAUUAAAAAGGUAUGCGAUGUAAAAUAAGUAGUAAAUAGAUGUAAGAAAAUAUAUAUGUCAUCAUUAUAAUAUCUCAAAACUCUAGAAUAUACUAUCUCAGUACUCUAGAAAAAUAAUUUUUAAAGCUAAUAUUAAGGUAGACAGCAAACCCCAGUUAAAAAAUCAGAAGCUGGAGGCAACAAAAAGUAAUGCUGAAGAGAAAACCAAAGAUAAAGAUAACGAGAAAGAUAGAGAAACCAAAGUUGAAAGAAGAAACAGUACAUUUGAUUACUUUAUGGGUACGAACAUUAGUCUAGAAUGGCUAUUGGAGCAAAUUGGGGAAAAGUUUCAUGCUGAAUUUGCCACUAAACCUACGUGGAUUAUUGAGAGACUAAAUCAAUAUACAGAAAAAGGUAACAUUCUUAAUCUUUUUUUCACUUAUUCUUGGUCUUCGCCUCACUUAUCUUAUAACUUAUAGACAUUGACAAAACCUCGGUGGUAAGAGUGUCUUUUGGAUGGGAUAAUGAGGAGCUUCCAAAGAGUGUUGUCCUCAAGAUCUCAAAUAAGCGUAUUGGAAGCAAAAAUGAAUCCGAAAAUUUGGCCGGGAAUUUGUUCAAAAAGUAAAUUUUAGUUUACUAUUUACUGUAACGACGUAGUAUUUUCUGUAACUACAUAGUGUAUGCGCUUUACAUUGCUUACACACUGUAUAAUAACAAAUGGAUUGUUCACACAUUGUAUGGUAACAACUCUGACUUUUAGAGAAUGCAAUACAUACGAAUGGCUUCAAAAGGUUAAGCGGGCUCGGAUACCGAAAGUUCAUUUGAUACGGGUAAGUUAGGCUACGUGUCGUAUCUGUGCAUUAUAAUCAACAGCUCAGUAGCUAGAGGUCGUCAAGUACCUUCAGAUCUAUGAUCCAAAAUGAACGAAUUAUAUAAACCAACGUGUUCCAAACAGAACAAAGAAGUAUAUAAAAACUUAUAGUCCACAUUCACAAUAAACAACGAAGAACCACUAAUCUUUAUGGAAGACCUGACUGAACGUUCCAAACCUCUCGAACUGGAUGACCCAGUAGAACUUGACCUAAUCCGAGACCUACUAAAACAGCUAGCACAAGUUCACGCAGCCUCAUUUUUACGACCAAAUGAAUGGAAAAAUGACAUUGAGCCAAACCCAAAGUUGUUUUACACAGAACUAGCCGAGCUAGUCGAGUCAUCCACAACUGGUUGGACUAGUUUAGGGGAUGCAAAGUUUAAAAAGUUGAUGGAAUUUGUGAAUGGUGAAUAUAUGGAUAAGACUGUCAAAGAGGGGUGUAAAGAGUUGGGUGUGGAUGAGUGUUUAGUUCAUGGCAAUCCUAUUGCCAGAAACUUUUUUGCUGCUGCUGAUGAUAAACAUGUGGCGGCUAUUGUGGAUUGGGUUCGUAAGUGUAGUUUUUGAAUUUUUAGGGUAGGGCCGGGUUGUAGGGUACAGUAAGACAUGCUAGUUUAGGGUGGGGUCAGUAUGAUUAUUAUAAAGUAUAAGCCUGUAGGGUUUGUAGGAUGACUAUGGGAUAUAAGACUAUAGAAUUCAUUAAGAGAACUAUAAAGUACUAAAGAAUACAGUAUUCUGAGGCAACUUAGUAGGCUUCAACUUUCAAAAAGUAAGCUUUUAGAAGCCCAUCCAGGAUGUUUCGCUGAAGAUGUGGCUAAAGCAAUAUGUUGGAAUUUGGCUCCAAAAGACCGAUAUCUAAAUCAACGCAAGCUAUUAGAACAUUACCACUUCAAUUUACUAAAGUAUAGUGAAGGCAAAGCCAAUAAAAUAACGAUGGAAGUAAUCGAAGCCGGCUUCAAAUACUUUUUGCCAUUUGUAGCUGUAUGUUACCUAAUAUACCUACCUGACGACUUGUCUCAUGCUUCUAUAAAACAAUUAGAAUUGGCACAAGUGCUACUAGAUGACGGAUUAAACGAUUGUAAUGGUGGAUAUUCGUUCUUAGAGAAUGAUGAUGAUGUUAAUAGUGAAGAUGUUGAAAAUGAAGAAGAUACGAUUAAAGAUGACAAUGGUAUGAAAUGUUUAGAACUUGUUUAGUUUUGAAUUUAGGUAGGGGUUUUUGUAGAGCAACUUUAAGUUAUUUAAAAUUGAUGUUUUAGAAGGAACAUUCAUCAAAGCUACAAAUGAAGUGAUACACUUGAACAAUGUGUGUGGUGUGCUACAAGAUUCAGAACCUUCGAAGCCAUCUGAUGAAAAAAAUGAAGGUUUGAAAGCUUCUGAAGACUUACAAAAUCAGGGUAAUGAAAAUUUUCUGUUGACUUAAACUUAGAAGGCUUAGUAGGCGUAGGCUCAAGCUUAGCAAGACUAUGGUUAUUAGUCUUUGACUUAAUCGCACACUUAGUAGACCUAUCCUCCGGACUCUUAGGGCUCAGACAUACUAUGCUUAGGUCUAUCUGACUUUAAUAAUGACAUCUUGAAACACUACGAGUUCGGUUUAUGCACUCAUAAAGCAUGGCAGAUAACACUUAGUUCCUCGCGGAAAAUUGGAGCAAAAUCCCAACACUCGCAGUCACUUGUUGGGUCGUUUUACAUCGAGGUAAAUAUUACAAAAAACGUCAAUAUUAUAUAAGAAAAAGUUGCGCAAUACGAUUUCUUGCAAUUUCUCUAAGGCUAUCUAGUUAUAUCAUCAAUAUUAGGUAACCCGCAGAAAUUUGAUCAGCCUUUUGUUGGUAAUGCUCAGGUUUACAAGGCUAUGGUUAGUAGGGUUAAGCGUAGUUUUGUAGCCGGCUUAGUAGGCUUAGGCUUAGUAGGCUUAGGCUUAGUAGGCUUAGGCUUAGUAGGCUUAGAAUUAGUAGGCUUAGGCUUAGUAGGCUGAGGCUUAGCAGGCUUUAAGCUUAGUUGGCACAGUUGUAUUAUACUGUUUAAUAUUAGCCUUUGGCUAUCAUUGGUAUAGUUCAACCAAUUUUUAGAGUCCCAAAAAGGUACAGCAGAACAGCCUGUAGCCUCUCAAGUACAAGGCAAUGAUACAAAUCCGUUUGCAGACCCAACAGCAGAUCACGUUGUGAAUCUAGUGGAAAUGGCAAUGGAAAACGAAAACGAGGUGAUUGAAGAACCAAUUGAUACGACUAUUUUAGCAGCGGUCGAGAAGUUACAAGAAGGCCCAGGAGACGUUGCGCAGCCGGCUGAGACUGAAGGCACACAAUAA